GGCAGCAGCUUCUCCGCACAAACCCGGCGCCCCGGCCUGCGCGGCCCGCUGACCCCGGGGCCCGUGCCCCACGGGGCAGGGAUGCAUCAUGGCCACGCUGGCUUGUCGCGUGCAGUUCUUGGACGACACCGAUCCUUUCAACAGCACCAACUUCCCAGAGCCCAGCCGGCCACCGCUGUUCACAUUCCGCGAGGACCUGGCUCUGGGCACCCAGUUGGCCGGGGUCCAUCGGCUGCUGAGGGCGCCUCACAAGCUCGAUGACUGCACCCUGCAGCUGUCCCACAAUGGUGCCUACCUCGAUCUGGAGGCCACGCUGGCGGAACAGCGGGAUGAGCUGGAAGGCUUCCAGGAUGACACAGGGCGGGGCAGGAAGAACAGCAUUAUCCUGAGGACACAGCUGUCUGUGAGGGUCCACGCUUGCAUUGGUGAGUGGCGUCUGAAACAGGCAUGGUUGAUGCCUGUCCUCAGGGAGCAUGCGUGA